GAAACAAAGAUCUGUAUUGUCUGGUGGGAUUGGGAGAAGUGGCGGCGGCUGGAAAGUAUUAAAAAGUUGGAUUACUGAUUCGCUCAAAACUCAAUCCAAUUCAAUGGCUUCUUCUUCUCUGAUUCACUCUUCUUCUUCACUUUUCUCCCCAAAACCCUCAAAACCAAAACCCUUUUUUCCGAACUCUUCUCCAAACCUAACAAUUAAAUGCCAAUCUCAGGGAACUAACUCCGCCGCCGUCGCAAAACACCGCCGCCCAGCCGACGAGAACAUUAGAGACGAAGCACGGCGGAACAAUGCCAGCCACGACCACCUCUUCUCCGCCAAGUACGUCCCUUUCAACGCCGACCCUUCCUCCACUGAAUCAUACUCUCUCGACGAAAUCGUUUACCGAUCCCAAUCCGGUGGCCUCCUCGACGUCCAACACGACAUGGAAGCCCUCAAACGCUUCGACGGCGAGUACUGGCGCACGCUCUUCGACUCGCGCGUGGGCAAAACCACCUGGCCCUAUGGCUCCGGCGUUUGGAGCAAGAAGGAAUGGGUCCUGCCUGAGAUCGACGACGACGACAUCGUUAGCGCUUUUGAAGGAAACUCCAACCUCUUCUGGGCCGAACGAUUUGGAAAACAUUUUCUCUCGAUGAACGAUUUGUGGGUGAAACACUGUGGAAUUAGCCACACUGGGAGUUUCAAGGAUCUGGGUAUGACGGUUCUGGUGAGUCAGGUGAAUCGUCUGAGGAAGAUGAAUCGUCCUGUUGUUGGUGUUGGCUGUGCUUCCACUGGUGAUACAUCUGCUGCUUUAUCUGCUUAUUGUGCUUCUGCGGGAAUCCCUUCCAUUGUUUUCUUACCUGCUAAUAGGAUUUCCAUUGCUCAGCUUGUUCAGCCUAUUGCAAAUGGUGCUUUUGUGUUGAGUAUUGACACUGAUUUUGAUGGGUGUAUGCACUUGAUUCGUGAGGUUACUGCUGAGUUGCCUAUUUAUUUGGCUAAUUCUCUGAACAGUUUGAGAUUAGAGGGGCAGAAAACUGCUGCUAUUGAGAUUUUGCAGCAGUUUGAUUGGCAGGUUCCUGAUUGGGUCAUUGUGCCUGGUGGGAAUCUUGGCAAUAUUUAUGCUUUUUAUAAAGGGUUUCGUAUGUGUCAUGAAUUGGGACUUGUGGAUAAAAUUCCAAGGCUUGUUUGUGCUCAAGCUGCUAAUGCAAAUCCACUUUAUUUGUACUUCAAGUCUGGCUGGAAGGAGUUUAAUGCUGUGAAGGCUAGUACUACCUUUGCUUCUGCUAUUCAAAUUGGUGAUCCUGUUUCCAUUGACAGGGCUGUACAUGCUUUGAAGAAUUCUAAUGGGAUUGUGGAGGAAGCUACUGAGGAGGAGUUGAUGGAUGCUAUGGCUCAGGCUGAUUCUACUGGGAUGUUUAUUUGCCCCCACACUGGGGUUGCUUUGACUGCUUUGAUUAAGUUGAGGAGAAGUGGGGUUAUUAAGGCUACUGAUAGGACUGUGGUGGUGAGUACUGCUCAUGGGUUGAAGUUCACUCAGUCCAAGAUUGAUUACCAUUCCAAGGAUAUCAAGGACAUGGCUUGCCGAUUCGCGAAUCCGCCCAUGCAAGUGAAGGCGGAUUUUGGGUCUGUUAUGGAUGUUUUGAAGAAGUAUUUGCAGAGUAAGGCUCAUUGAUUAGGUUAGCAUUUAGCAUUGCAAGUUUUGUUGGUUAUUUACUUUAGGCGCUGUAUUGUCUUUUUAUGAGCUAGCUUUGGAUGUUGUAAUAAUUUACUUGUUGCAUUCUGUAUGCUGCUCCAUAUUGGGGUGGGGUAAGCUUACUGGUUUUGUUGUAGAUUUUCUUUGUUGAGCCUUUAAUAGCUCCCUUAGAAAAUGAAUUUGAUAAGAUCAUAAGAUGAGGAGUGCUCAUCACUGCCUU